AUGCAAGUGUACACUGGAAAGCUACUUGGAGGAGCAUCUGAGAAGAAUCAGGGGAUGCGUGUGGUGCUGCAGAUGAGUGAAGGGCUGCAAGGGCAUAACAUCACCUGUGACAAUUUCUUUACAUCCUACUGGCUUGGAGAGGAACUUCAGAAGAGAAAGCUGACUAUGUUGGGAACAAUCAGAAGAAAUAAGCCAGAACUUCCCAGUGAAAUUUUGAAGAUGCAGGGAAGAUCUCUGCAUUCGUCAUUAUUUGUUUUCACUGAGAAAGCAACAGUUGUUUCAUACUGCCCAAAGAAAAACAAGAAUGUUCUUGUCAUGAGCACAAUGCACACAGAUGCAUCUCUGAGCACAAGAGAUGACAAAAAACCACAAAUGAUCCUAGACUACAACUCCACCAAAGGAGGAGUAGACAAUCUUGACAAAGUCACAGCGACAUACAGCUGCCAGCGCAAGACAGCUCGUUGGCCCUUGGUAAUUUUCUACAAUAUUUUGGAUGUGUCUGCUUACAAUGCCUAUGUCCUGUGGACUGAAAUCAACCAACAUUGGAAUGCGGGUAAAUUGUACCGACGUCGCCUUUUCCUGGAAGAACUGGGAAAAAGUCUUGCCACUCCCAAGAUCCAGAUGCGAGUCAGACCAGCUCGAUCCCCAGCAGCAGCAGCUGUCAUUGAAAAGGUCAAGUGUGCACCAUCCAACCAAUCUGCAGUUUAUUCAGUGGAACCAGAAGAAAGCAUUCGCUUUGCUGAAGACCUGACCCUGGAGGACUGGAGAUCCAGACAAGCAUUGUGGCCAAAAAUCAACCAGGCUCAGAAGGAAGGCAAGGCUGCGGGCUUCAGGGGCCCUUUUGGUUUCAUAGAAGGCAAACGCAUCAGGGAAGAGACCCCAGGUACGGGCUGA